GUAUCAAAAGAGAGAAGACGUGAGACCUGAGAGGUCAGAAGUUGGGCAAAAUCACCUCAACAAGCUCAACAUUUAACAACCCGAGAGCAUCGAACAAGGAGCUGAAGAACCUUCUGCACAAUGAAGCUUGGGCUCCUCUUGCUGUGCUUCUUGGCAGCGACGUUGGCGUUUCCGGCACACAGACGGUGGACAAUUCAGUCUGACAGUUCUGAAGAACGCCAGGCAAACAUCGAAAGUGAUGGGAAUGGAGGAGGAGGAGGAUCCGAAGAUUCGGAGAGCGACUCCAGCAGCUCCGAGGAAUCCGAUGAGGGCGCUGAGGGUGAAGGAGACAAUGGAGGCACCAACACAGAUGACAAUGAUGCCACCAAUGGAGAUGGAAAUGCAGAGGACAAUGGUGGAGAUGCAGAUAAUGAAGAGGGGGUCACUGUAGGCUAUGACGCUGAGACUGAAGGGCCAGAAGAUCACGAGGAAGAGGAGGGAGGACCUGAAGAGGAAGAAGGGGCUGAAGAAGGAGGAGACAAUGCAGAAGAAUCAGACACUACAGACAAUAAUGAAGACAAUGGUAACAAUGAAGAAUCUGAAGACAAUGGAGGAGAUUAUGAUGCUGGCAAUGAUAAUGAAGAAGAUCAAGAGAGGGGCAAUGAAGAAAAUAAUGAGGAAGAGGUUGAAGAUGAAACGGAGGACAAUGAGGGGGAAGAUGACAGUGACGAAGAAGAAGACAGCGAGGAAGACGAUGGGGGAACAGGAGAUGAGGAGAAUGAAGGGGAAGAGGCAGGCAAUGAAGUGGAAGGGGACUAUGAUGCUGGCAACAAUGAGCAGGAGACAGGAGAAGAGGACAAUGUGGGAGACGGAGAUUAUGACAAUGGGAACAACGAGGAGGAAAAUGGGAACAACGCCGAAGAAGAAGAUGCUGGCGAAAAUGCAGAGGAGGAAGGAAAGGUGGACAACGGUGGUGAGGAGAAUAACAAUGGAGAAGAAGAGGAGCAAAACGGCGCAGAAGAAGAGGAUGACAAUGGAGAGAAUGAGGAGGAGGAAGGAGAGGCAAAUGAAAACGAAGAGGAUAAUGGCAGUCAGAAUGAUGACGAUAGCGAUGGUGGAGGAGAUGAGGAAGAUGAGAGUAGAAACAAUGAAGAAGACUCAGACGAAGAGGCUGAACCUGGGGAAUAUGACAGCCAUGAAACUGAUGAUGAUGAUGAUGAUGAAUAGCAGCUCUAUGAACAGAAAAUCCAAACAACGGACACACCACUGCGAUGAAGAGUCCACAGGCAGGUCGAUGAAGCUGCAGAGCGUCAAGAAAUCUUCACCCCAAUCAAACAUGAACAGUCAAAUGAUGUGUUGGUGCCCCAUGAGAGCCCACCCUUUAAAAAGCAAACCCACCCACAACACUGCCAGGAGGGGACGCCAAUUCAUCCCACAAAACCCACCCACACCACCAUGCUGUGAAGAGUGGGGGUGUAGCCAGGGGGAGAUUUUGGGUUUGAAGCCCCUUAAAAGUACGUACAUUAUAUGACACUUUCAACUGACUGAACAUAAAAGGAAUUAGAAUUAUUUAUUAUUAAUUACCAUGAAUUCAUUCGUUAAUAAAAUAAAAUAAAAUUAAUGUGACCCGUAAAGUAUUUAUUUAAUUGGUUUAUAUGAGUAAUUAUAAUUAAUUGUAAUUUAUGUACUUUCUCAUUCCCCCAAAAUGAAUCCCUGGCUACACCCCCGGGAGCCCAGCCAGGAGUGGGCAGCAAUUCACAGAAACAAACCAACCACAGCCAGGAGGGGGUGCCAGCUCAGACCAAUGAGCCCACCCAUAAUACUGCAGCAUCAAGGAAGCUCAGCCGGUGGGUGGUUUGGGGGGCAAUGAUUCAUCCCAAAAACCCACGGCCACUAUGGAGUCAAUUGGACCAGCCAGGAGGGGGCGCCAGUUCAACUCAACAAACUCAUUAACAACACUUUGGGGUCAAGGAAGCAAAACCAAAAGAGGGCAGCAAUUUGUCACAACCCAAUUACCCCACACACACACAUCCACCCCACUGUGCUGUCAGGUGUACCCCCAGGGUUUAAGCCCCCCACUCUCCUCAAAUCUAAUUAAUGUCAGUUCCUUCUGAUUGCUCAUUAGCCUAAUUAUGAUUCUUGCACUUUCUCUUCACCCUCAUGAAAUUAAUAUCUGGUUGUGCUACAAACCCAGCCAGUAGGUGGCGCACAACAAAGCCAACCAUAACACAGUGUGGUAAAGGGAGACCAGCUAACUGGCGUGGGUCAGGGCCAGGGUGGGAGGCGGCUUAUCUUAAAAUGGUGGCACAGUGGGUUUAAGUCUUGCACCUGUCACCGUCCAUGUAGGGUCUGCAUGUUCUCCUCGUGUCCACGGGGGUUUCCUCCCACAUCACCAAAGUCACGCAGUUUAAGUGGCCUGCACAAUUCAAACUGGCCUUGGCACUCCAACCAGGGUUUGUUCCUGCCUUGUGCCCAGUGCUGCCAUGUUAGGUCCUGGCCCGCUGAGCCCCUGAGUUGGGUUGAGUGGGUGGUCGAAGGAGAGGAGAUUCUUCCCUGCAUGUCUGACAGCCGGCCUCACUAAACUCGCUGAAUGCCCAUGUGAGACCCCUGUGCAGGACAUACGGGCGGACCCUCAUUAUUGUUGUUUGCCUUUAUUGCUGUUUAAUCAAAUUAAGUUAAUUAGCCACUUACUGUGCCCAUGAGAAGCUCUUUGUGGGGUCUUUAAGGGGCUACUUUACAAUGGAGAGCUACCUGCUCUGUCUCCGUUAGUCACUGACUGAUGUCUUCUGAGACCUUAAGCUCUUUGUUUGGUCUUAAUAAGGCGCAUAAAGCGCUGGUGACAACACUCAACAGUAGAAUGUGAUCUGCCCGUGUGGCCCUCGUGACAGCCGUCCGCCUUAAUAAAGGGACACGUGUCUGUCUGGGCGUCUGUUGGGGGCUCUCUUUCUAUUAUAUGUCAUUUGGUAGAGGAUUCGUAAAAGCAGUGUGAAUGUUUGUGGUGCGCCAUCUGUUGGAAUGACAAGU